AUGGAUAACAGCAGCCUUUUCGAUGUCAAGGGCAAAAUCAUCCUCGUAACCGGCGGCGCGAAAGGCAUUGGCCGCAUGAUUAGCGAAGGCUUCGUGCAAAAUGGCGCUACUGUAUAUGUAUCCUCGAGAGACGCGAAGGCAUGUGAGCAAGCAUGCAAAGAGUUGAAUGCGCUUGGAAAGGGCAAGGCGGAUUAUAUCACAGCAGACCUCUACAAAGAAGAGGACCUGACCAAAAUCGCUGAGGAGUUGAAGAAACGGGAAGGAAAACUCGAUGUCAUAAUCAACAACAGCGGCAGCAACUGGGGCGAGUCUUAUGACUCUUACCCCUCGACAGCAUGGGAUCGUGUCCUUACCCUGAAUCUCAAACGUGUCUUCCAACUCACACAAGCUGUGACACCGCUCCUCGAAGCCGCCUCCACCCCCGCAUCCCCUGCUCGCGUAAUAAACAUCGGCAGCAUUGACGGACUACGCGUACCAGCGCUCGAAACCUUUGCAUACUCAGCAAGCAAGGCAGGACUCCAUCAUCUCAGCCGGGUGCUCGCGAGUCAUCUGGGCAAGAGGGGGAUUACAAGCAAUACGGUUGCAUGCGGACCGUUUGAGAGCAAGAUGAUGAAGGCGACGUUGGAGAAGUUCAAGGACGUCAUUGAGGGAGGUGUGCCGUUGGGCCGGAUUGGUAGCCCGGAGGACGUUGCCGGAACGUGCAUUUGGCUCUCAAGUAGAGCUGGAGCUUGGGUUAAUGGCGCGACUAUUGCGCUCGAUGGUGGAAGCGUGGUUGCUUCGAAGCUGUAG